AUGACAGAACAAUGCGACCAGUACAUGGACCCAGCGGGCUUAUCCCGGGAGCACAACCUGUCCCGCAUCCAAGGACUGAUGAUGCGGAUUUCCACCACCUCAGACAUCAAGGCUAGGAUGGUAGGAAUAAAUGCCAUCGAGGCUAUCUUAAUUAGUGUGAAUGCUUUGACAGGCCUGAUUAAGGAGCUGCAACGAGCCCGGGACACACUACAGGCCCAGGAGCUAGCAGACCUUGUCCAGUCCCGGCGAUCCACGCAGCAACAGCAGAGCAAGGAUCUCCUUGCGGCACAGCAGCAGCAAUCACCUCCAAGGAAAGGCAUUUCUAGGCCGCUACCACAGAGUUCUUCUCCCUUCACGUCCUGCUCCGACCACCAUUUGCCAGCCUCAUUCUUGGCAGCAACGUCGUUUCCUUCCUCGUCUGGAAGGAAACGACGGCCGUGCCACCGGCGCGUCACCCCACAGCCGGACUUCAGGAGGUCAAAGCAGCUGGCUGUGGUGAGUGAAAAGGAUACUUUCUUUCAGUCGACUUCCGUUCAGUCUCCUGCAGCUCAGUCGACCUCAGUGCACUCUCCGGUUCAGUCGACCUCAGUGCACUCUCCUGUUUUGCCAGCACCGUCUGUUCAGCCACCAGCUCCACCCACUCAUUUUCAGGAGGAGGAUAGCCCUACACAGAUUUUUGUCGCUCCUCAAGACCUGGCCAACUUAGAGACUUUUACUCUCUCCAGGGCCUCCCCAGAGAAUGAAUAUCAGCAUUCAGUUAACUCUGGACCCCUGGACACGAAGAAGCCAGCGCAACCUGUCUUUCCUGGGAGCUCAACAGGACUGUCUCAGCAAUUGGUCUCUGCUGAGAGCUCUGAGGAGUUAACUCUACCACCUCCGUUCCACACUGGAAGCUCCAGUGAGCUCAUUCGGCCAGCUAAGGACUGCAUCCUGCUGUCACUGCCUGAACAGAGCCACUGUCCUGCGCAGCUCCAACCAGCUUCACCUCUGCCAGAGGUCUCCGCACCGGCUGGUUCUGAUCCGUCCCUGCCAGAGGUCUUCGCGCCUGCUGGUUCUGAUCCGUCUCUGCCAGAGGUCUCCGCGCCUGCUGGUUCUGAUCCGUCUCUGCCAGAGGACUUCGCGCCUGCUGGUUCUGUUCUGUACCCGCCGGAGGUCUCUGUGCCUACUGGCCCUGUACCUGUCUCCGCUGGAGGGCCCGAGGGGUCCGUUCAGCCGUCCGUCCUCGCUGAGGGGCCCGAGGAGCCGCUUCUGUCGUCCGUCCUCGCUGAGGGGCCCGAGGAGCCGCUUCUGUCGUCCGUCCUCGCUGAGGGGCCCGAGGAGCCGCUUCUGUCGUCCGUCCUCGCUGAGGGGCCCGAGGAGCCGCUUCAGCCGUCCGUCCUCGCUGAGGGGCCCGAGGAGCCGCUUCAGCCAUCGGUCAUUUAUGAAGGGUCGCAGGAAUCGCUCCAGCACCUUGAGUCCGCUGACGGCUCUGAUCCCACUCAGCCACCUCCUGUGUUUCCACCUGCGGUUUCCACACCGUCGCCUGCAGUGCCACCACCUGCUCCAUCGCCUGCGGCUUCCACACUGUUGCUUGCUGUGCCACCACCUGCAGCUGCCACGCUGCCGUCUGGUUCCGCAGCUGCCACGCUGCCGUCCGGUCCUGCCUCGUCCGGUCCUGCCUCGUCCGGUCCUGCCUCGUCCGGUCCUGCCUCGUCCGGUCCUGCCUCGUCCGGUCCUGCCUCGUCCGGUCCUGCCUCGUCCGGUCCUGCCUCGUCCGGUCCUGCCUCGUCCGGUCCUGCCUCGUCCGGUCCUGCCUCGUCCGGUCCUGCCUCGUCCGGUCCUGCCUCGUCCGGUCCUGCCUCGUCGGUCCUGCCUCGUCGGUCCUGCCUCGUCCGGUCCUGCCUCGUCCGGUCCUGCCUCGUCCGGUCCUGCCUCGUCCGGUCCUGCCUCGUCUGGUCCAGCGUCUGCAUUAGCUUCAGCUUCGCCUGUCUGGGAGAUGAGUGA